AUGGCGGCAGCAACGAUUGUUGCACUCGGACACGCACUCCACUACGGUGACGAGGGUAUCGAUGUGAAGAUUAACGUGGAGAAGAACUCCAACUCGUACCUAACCGGAAGGUUACCGCAAGGUUCGUUCGAGUACGGGCUGGACGUCGUCAAGCAGAAGGACAACCAUUUCCAGCACAAAGUAAAGGGCCCGGAUGAUGUGACGUACGGUUGCUAUGGGUUCGUCGAUCCGGACGGUAAGCCACAUCUCGUCCAUUACGUAUCGGAUCUGAAAGGAUACCGCAUCGUGCCACCGGAUUCCGCCACCAAGAUCUACAUCUCACGGCUCGAACGAAGCAUCAACAACGUGUAUCAGGCAUCUCAGGAGAAGAAUGUUCAGUGGAAGGAUCUGUUCUUCCCACCAGCCUGCAAGCAGCUGUACACCGAAACAAAGGUAGCCGCUCCUCCAACCACACCCCGACCAACACCACGUACUCCUUCCACCACCCGCCGUCCACCACCGACCACUCGUCGAGUGACACCCGCCCCAACUCCCGCACCACAACCCGCCGUACCAGAGCCAGAGUUCACUGCGUCCAGCAAUUUGUGUCCUUCGGUUGUCCAAGCGCCACCGGCCGAUCUCGUACCGCAACCAGCCUGCUCGAAGGUGUGCGACGAGCUGAAGGAUGAACUGAAGGACAUUAAGGCGAAGCUGAAGAACCUGCUGGAUACGUUGGCGGAAAAACCGAGGGGUAAGUCGGCGGGCGGUGACGGUGCCAAGUUUGCCUACUUCCCGGUGAUGCUGAGCGAUGGACUACCGGACGGUGUUGAUCCAAGCUCGGCCAAGUUUGCAUUCCCGGCGGUGCCGCAACAAUGUGGCCGUCAGUAA